AUGUACUCAAAACCUUCGCCUGAAGAGAAGGCUUUCGAAAGAAAAAUCAAGGACUCAGAUAGAGAAUACGCUAAGAACGCCCCUCUGUGGGUCAAAAGGGAUCAGUCGUUGAAGAAACGGUAUGGAUCUUGGAAUCCGACUCGAAAGCUUACCCGUCAGCAGAUCUUGGAUAUUCGUGAUCUUAAGCAACGUAUGCCAUCGCUCAAGACAGUUGAAAUUGCUAAUUUCUUUCUGAUCAACCCAGAGAACAUCCGAAGAAUCCUCAAGUCUAAAUGGACACCCACAGAAGAGGAGUUUCAAGAACUAGAAGGUCGAGCGGAAAAGCGAAAGGCAAAGAUCCGUGAAAAGAAGGCAGCAGAAAUGGAUCAGGCCUCGAAAGGUUCUACGGUUGUCAAAGUGAAGAGUUUGAUAGCCCAGAGACAAAGAGAACAGAAACAUUUAGUGGAGAGGACUCAAGGUCAGGGCCGUAAGAAACGGGAUGAUUCUAGACGUAAAAACUUCACGCCCACAGUAGGCGACCUUAUAGAUUAA